AUGGCGACACCGGUUCAGACAAAGCCCACCCAGAACGCCAAUGAAAGCAAGGUCAAGAAGACGUCCAAGAAGCGCCAGCUCGACGAUGACGAGGCGGACUACACCAUCGAUACUCCCGGCGCUCGCGAUAUCACCGCUUCAAAGCGGGGCUCUUGUCACACUGCCGUCGCCAAGCUCAAGAUGUCGGGCAAAAUGGCAAAAAACGACAUGAUGCGCAAAGACACAGUUCAGGGAAGGGGUAUCGCCAUGCUCUAUUCCCAGAAGAUGUCGAAAGACUUGAGCUCGCCAAUGACGCAGACGAUCAAGAUGCCCAACCAUCCGGCUCAUGCAAUCGAUUGCUGUGUCGCGCACAUCAAGCACGUUGGCGACUACCGCGUCGUUAAGAUGCUAGAUCAACAUCAGCUAUAUCAUGCGACUACACCCCCCUCCACCAAGCCCCCCAUCCCAAAAGGCAUCACGGCUUCCCAUAUCCACGUCGAUGUCCUCAUCUUGGCUAUCGAAUGGCAGAUGGAGAACCUCAGGCACUAUGCACACAUUGAACUGGCCAACAGCCUGGGCAAGCCAUCGUCACCUACCUUUGACGAGUUCGAGAAGUUGGUACUGGAGACGGGCAUAUUCACUGCCAAGUAUUGCAGGGCCCCUAUCUGUGACGAUACUGCCGUCAACAACGCCCUUACCGCUCUUGGUACCUACGCCGCCCUUCACAACGAGACGUGGUUCAAGACCCGUCGCAUCGCGUACAGUGAACUCCUUCCCAAGGCACCGUACCUCUCUAAAUACCGCGACUUGGCUUUGGCUGAUCUCCCGGAGUUCAUUCAAGCUCAUCACCUCGCUGGUAAGAAAGCCAGGCUUACUGACUCUGGACGCGGAUUUGAAGACGUCAAGAUGCGGUCGUCGAUGCUUAUGGAUACAGAUGAGUAG